CAGAGGAUCGGGACUCUGCGGAGGACAGAAGCCCAGACUGGAACACCUCUUCCCUGACUGAAACCCUGGAUGAUUAUAAACAGGAACUCACACAAACCGGACACUUGGACGUAAAGGAAGACCUUUUUGGGGGGGUGAAUAAGUCGCCAGUGGCUGCAUUAAAGUAUUGGAGUGUUUGAGAGGAAGUGAUUUCGCAGAGGAUUUGGGAUGCUGGGUCCCCUUGCGCUCCGCUCCUUGCUGUGCGUGCUGAGCUGCGCUUGGCUGCGCACCGGAGCCUCGCGGCUGAAGUCUCCGGCUCUGCCCAUCCAGUCCGAGAGGGAGCCGCUGCCCUCCAAAGGUCUGGCCGGAUGCUCGUUCGGAGGUCGCUAUUAUUCUCUGGAGGACACAUGGCACCCAGACCUGGGCGAGCCCUUCGGAGUCAUGCACUGUGUUCAGUGUUACUGCGAAACUCAAAAGAGCCGUCGUGGGAAGGUGUUUGGGAAAGUGAACUGUAAGAACAUCAAACAGGACUGUCCCGAGCUGGACUGCUCUGACCCGGUGCUGCGGCCCGGACACUGCUGCAAGACCUGCCCCAUAGGUAACACACACAUACAUAACAUAAGCAUCUCCUCCUGCUGUCCUCUGGCUUUCAGAGACACAAGCAAAUGGUGCUUCGAAAGCCUUCAUGAUGAAAACAUACAAACCAAGACAUUGGGAGAACAGGGUCUUUAGAGACAAGACUUCUAC